AUGGUCCAUGCUUGUUGUUCGUCUCGACGUUGCGUCUUCGCCUUCGUGUCGAGCCAGAUCUUCCUCAGUGAGCCAUCUUCUCGAAUCUCGAUUCGAGAAGAUCCACCCGAGGUUCUGAGUUUUGUUCGUAUUUCAGCACCUUUGUGGUUCAACCUUGAUAAGUUAAAAUCUGAAGCAAUUCACAAUUUGAUGCGGAAAUAUUUCGAGAAUCGAGAUUCGAGAAGAUGGCUCACUGAGGAAGAUCUGGCUCGACACGAAGGCGAAGACGCAACGUCGAGACGAACAACAAGCAUGGACCAUCGACUCGGAUCACCGGCUCUGAGGAAGACGAAGACGUCGAAACGUUAG